AUGGAGGCAAGUACGAUGAGCGGGUCCAACUUCUCCCAACUUUUGACGACUUUGAUGCCGACGACAGUACGCCGUGGUCGGCCUUAUCCACUUUGUCGCGAGUGGCUUUGUGGUUCGUUUCGGAUUACUUUCAAUAACUCUUCUAAAAGCUUUUAUCAAUGAAAACAUUUAGAAAAUUCCUUUCUAAUUGCCAAAGCUCUCUAGGAGAAAGAAAAAGUUGAAUCACCCCUCUGCUUGCGUCACAAUCUGAAGCCUAAAGGUUCUGACGCAUUUGAAAACUUCAAAAAGUCUGAGACCUUUUAAAAUGUCUUCAAGCUUCUGAGAAGUUCGAAGACUAUCUUUUCAAGGUGUCACUUAAGACUCUAAGAAACUUAACUUCGACUCCUGAAAUGAUCACUAAACGUACAAUUUCUCUAUUCAAAUAUUCCGACUUCUACUUGGAGACUUUAAAAAAAAAUUUCAAAUGCGACUUUCUUUAUAAGUAAAAAAAAACCGAGAAUCGAUUUUUUCUCAAAAAAAAAAGUUUAAAAAACAUCCUCUAUCAAGUUCAGAUAUAUACUUCACACGAGACCAGAUAAUCUCAAACGCAAUCAUUCUGGGACGGAUUGGGAUCGGAAUCAUCAUUCUGCUCCUUGGAACCAAAGUGGGCCCUUUAGCAGUUCCCAUCAAAAAGAGCUCAAUUUUUAGAUGGAGAAAGAUUUCAUGCGAUCCAUAACCACCACGAUUUUCCUGACCAUUUUGGCGGCCGAAUCGUUCACCUUGUACUGCGAGAUCGUCAACUAUUUGGAGUUGUUCACGGCGUCCGCCAAAGACUCCAAGCAGUUCAUUGAGUAUGAAAUUGAUCCCGAAUCUCCUUCAAAAUAAGGCUUGGAGGCAGUACAUCCGAUGGACCCGCGACUUGGUCAACGUGUUGUUCAGCUACAACGACAUCAACUCGAUGGUGAUGCUCGUUUUGCUGCUUUAUUGUUGCCGUAUAGCUACACAUCCCGGAAAUCGCAUCAAUGCGUUUCCAACAAAGUGGGGAAGAUACUCAAAUGGGUAUAAGAUUCUGAGAUCCAGUACAAUGUGCCUGAUCCUUCAAAUCAUCCCGUUCUUCCUCUCGAUUCUGACUUUUGUGGAAGGCGUCAACAAUACGACGUUUAUGAGAGUUCUUGGAAGUAUUUCCAGAGUCGUUACAGUCGUCAGUUUCUUGCUCAUCGUCGGCCAGAUCUUCUAUGUGAGUUUUGAGGAUUUUUGAAUCUUCAAAAAACACGAGUCCUUGAUGGAUUUUUUGGCUCUUUUAGACUCUCUGAAUUUCUCCUACUCGCUCCAAUAAAGCUUUAGAACCCCCUCUAUAUAUUUAUAUAACGAUUACAGUCAUUCGUGGUCCUGAUGCGCGAACUACCGUACGAAGCGGCCACUUCACUGGAUAUGCAGGUCAGAGACGCCAGAAGUCGUCUGGCCUGGACCCUCGUCUACAUGAUCAUCCCCACGUUGAUGCUCGCCUUCUCAGCCGGUAGGCUUCCUAAUUCCUUAAACAUCAGUAAAAAUCGUUCAGCCGACGCGGUAAUGAACGUCCUUAACGUACAAGGAGGUCCCAAUACACCUUUACGUGGGGUAAUACUUUCUAAAUUUAAUUUUCAACUAAAUCUUCAAUUUCAGCUCACAAUAAUUGUUCAAAUAGUCAAAUACCUAGCAAAUUUCCAUCGGCCCACGUACAUGGUCAUCAUCACUAUGGCGUUCUUACCACCAUACAGGUCAGUUAAAACCUUCAAAAUCAAAGGAGCAGAGACAAUUUUGAUACAGUCUUAAUGCGAAAAACGGAUUUCUUUUUUGAUAGAUCAUUCUCGACUAAAAAAAUCACAGGAAAAUUUUCAAAAAUAUUGAGUUUAUGAGGGAGGUGAGAGAACAGAAGAAGUUUAAAGAGACAUUAGAGAAAGAUACUCUUUUCCACUCUGUCGUCUCUUCUGACUACGCUGUUCUCUCGAAUUCGUUUUUAUGCCGAUUUUUCCUUUCAACCUAUGAAAGUCCGAAAUCAAACCAUUUUUCAAGCCCUGCAGAUUUUAACUUUGAAAACUACGUUUUCCAAUGAAAACCGUGAAAUUUCCAUUUUUUAAACAAAUGCAAGUUUUGCAGACGAGCAGUUCCUUUGCUAUUCUGCUGCUGCUCCUUCUGCCCACAAAUCCACGUGGAGCCGUUGCCGAGGAAACCCACGGAAAUGAGUCUCAUGUACCGCUACGCAGACAUUUGA